AUGUCUAACAAAUUCCAUUGUGAUGUUUGUUCAGCUGAUUGCACGAACAGAGUAAGAGUGUCAUGUGCUAUCUGCCCGGAAUACGACUUAUGUGUACCCUGCUAUUCACAAGGCUCAUAUACAGGAAACCAUCGCCCUUACCACGAUUAUAGAAUAAUAGAAACCAAUUCAUAUCCUAUUCUUUGUCCUGAGUGGGGUGCAGAUGAAGAACUGCAAUUAAUCAAGGGAGCGCAGACUUUAGGGCUCGGUAACUGGCAAGAUAUCGCUGAGCAUAUAGGUAGCAGGGACAAGGAAGAAGUUAAAGAGCAUUACCUGAAGUAUUAUCUGGAAAGCAGUUACUAUCCUAUACCUGAUAUUACUCAAAACAUACACGUACCGCAAGACGAAUUUUUAGAACAACGAAGACAUAGAAUUGAAUCAUUCAGGGAAAGACCGUUAGAACCCCCUAGGAAGCCUAUGGCAUCAGUUCCGAGCUGUCACGAAGUUCAAGGUUUCAUGCCUGGUAGAUUGGAGUUUGAAACAGAGUUUGAGAACGAAGCAGAGGGACCAGUCAAAGAUAUGGUUUUUGAACCCGAUGAUCAGCCUUUGGAUAUUGAACUAAAGUUUGCCAUCUUGGACAUAUAUAAUUCUAGAUUGUCAACAAGAGCAGAAAAGAAAAGGUUAUUGUUUGAUAACCAUUUGAUGGAUUACAGAAAAUUGCAAGCCAUUGAUAAAAAAAGAAGCAAAGAAGCUAAAGAAUUGUACAACCGAAUCAAACCAUUUGCUCGCGUUAUGGCUGCACAGGAUUUUGAAGAAUUUAGCAAGGAUAUACUGGAAGAGCUACAAUGCAGGACAAGGAUACAGCAAUUACAAGAAUGGAGAAGCAAUGGUUUAACGACGUUAGAAGCAGGCCUUAAAUACGAUCGAGAUAAGCAAGCAAGAAUUAGCACGUACGAGAAAUUUGGCUCUUCUACGAUGGCAUCAUUAAAUGAGGGCAGUAGUCGUUACAGAUCAAAUUCCGCGCAUAGAUCGAAUGCAGAAUAUUCUCAGAAUUAUAGCGAAAAUGGUGGCAGGAAGAAAAACAUGACUAUAAGUGAUAUUCAGCAUGCAUCUGACUAUGCAUUGUUGUCCAAUGACGAGCAGCAACUGUGUAUACAGCUCAAAAUUUUACCAAAGCCAUACCUUGUAAUCAAAGAAGUCGUGUUCAGGGAGUUACUAAAGACUGGCGGCAACCUAAGCAAAAGCGCAUGUAGGGAACUACUGAAUAUAGAUGCAAUUAAAGCAAAUAGAAUAUACGAUUUUUUUCAAAGUCAAAACUGGAUGUAA